AUGCGCUACGGGUCGACCAUGAUUGCUUUCUGCCUUCACGAUAUCCUCACCGAAUUCCACGGCGAGGAACACGCCGAGGAAAACGUUGUGUUAGGCGCCUUCAUCGUGUCGGUCUACGUCGGCGGUCUCCUUGCUGGCCCGUUGGUGUGGGUACCGGUGAGCAAGGUCUGCGGCCGACUGCGAUUCAUGAUUGCAACCGGUAUCGCACAUGUUCUUGCGAACGGUGCGUCUUCUUUCCUACACUACACACAUAUGGCUUGGACCCUCGCCCCGUUUCGGAUUAUUGCCGGUGUCUCGGGGGUUUGGGUUCUCGCCAACGGAUGGGCCACGGUUGAAGACCUAUUGGGCGAGAACAAGCGCAAGCCAGGUUAUUCGCUUGACAUACCUGUACAUGCGGUUGCUGGGCUUCGCUCUUGGACCCUUCUCGGCCGCCUCUUCGCCGAUGCCUUUCGCUGGCACUGGGUGUUCCGCAUACAAGCCAUCCUGGUUGGGCUUUUGACCCUCGCCAUGGUGCCAUUCGGCCAAGAAACCCAAGCCCCAACGGCACUGCAGCAAAAGAUCGACCGUCUCCGUAAAGAGACAGAUAAUCAAAGUCUCCAAUUGCAGCUCCAUACCGAUUUGAUUAUCUGCCAGGCGCUCAAAGGGAGCCCAAGGAACGCCUGGAUAAUCGUCUGCCAGAGCAAGAAGGGCCUCGGAUACGCCCUUGUCGCCGGCAUAACGUACCGGUGCCAAUACGCUCUGUUGACCAGCUUCGGCUCCUCAUGCUGGCCUUGCACGAAACGUGGAUGA